AUGAAAUAUCUUGGGGUUACAAUCGGUCCGCUUGAUUGGAAGAAAGAAUGUCGAAACUUACUUGGAAUCAUUCAUGGAAAAGACGAACUACUGCCAUCUCGUCUCGGAAAAGCUGUAAACACCUUCCUUCUCUCAAAGCUCUACUAUCGAGAUAUCCACUCACCAAUGCAUCAAUGGGACAUUUCCCACUUCACGAAUGAAAUCGGUCGGAAGUUGUUCUACGGCAUCGGUCAAGAAACAAUCUUUACCAGAAAUGAACUCGGUGGUUAUGGUGUACUUCUACUUGAUCGACAACUUCUCGGUAGAAGAGCUCAAGUGGUUCAUGAAGCAAUCUUCGGAAAAGAAUGGCAUCAUCGCCUCUUUCGCCUAACGAUACAACACUGGGCAACAUGGGCAAUCCGUUACAGAGAAAUGAUCAGUGAUUCCGAUUUGACCAUCCCAUGGUAUGAGUUUCUUCUCGGACGGACGUACGUUAGACCGACUCACACCUACCAUCUCCUCGACAAAUCACUCCAAAAGGAAUUUUCAAAACUGAUGUGGGCAUGCAUUAAGGCGUGGGUUGAAUUGACUGGUAUGAAACAAGGGGAUCCAAUCGAACCUUAUCAACCCGUCUUGGAGGAUUUUGAGAAGAUGGUGGAGCCAUAUCUGGGAGAUCUCUUCAAUUAUGAUCCGGAGAUAUUUCACUCGGUUAGUAAGAAGUCUCCUCAGACUGAUCGGUUGCUGAGGACUCUCGAUGAGAUACUUCGGCCUUCAGACCGGAGGCGUCUACCAAAGUUUUGGAAACAAAUGAGUAAGCAACUUCAUGUCCACGAUAAACCAUAUGACUACCUUCAUAUGUUCCAUAACGGAAACGACAUGCGGGCUCUUUCUCAAGCAAAGAAUUGUCUACUCUGUGGCCGUGACAUCAAAACCCUCCAUCACACCUUCUUUCAAUGCCGUAUAGCUUGUCAGGUGUGGCAAUACGCGGGACUUCGGGGACUUCCCGAAAUCUCGAAGUUGGUCGGUAUAUGUGGUCAACCACAAGAUAAGUUUUGUUCAUACAUGCGUCGACUUUUAAAAGCACGCGUUCCAAAUCAUGCUCAAGCGAUUAGUGACCUUGAACUUAGAUCACUUCUCAGAUACUAUGAAUCACUAUACUGCAAACAGUAUUGA